GCCAUCUCGUCACCACUGCGCGGCGCCAGAUCUUUCUCUCUGUUCCAACACGGCACGCGCGACCUCGUGUAUUUUCUGCCAGCUCUCCUCCAGCCUGGGCCACCGCCAGCGGAAAAAUCAGUGAUUUUUAUUGAUUUUUUACGUUCCGUGGACAAUCCGUCUCUCUGUCGUCAUACUUCCUGUUUGCUGCAGCUAAAAGCAAAGAUCAAUACAGAGAAAAUGGCUUCCCCACUGGCGUGCGAGAAAUACUGGGCGGACAAGGCCAACAUCGACGGGGCCGAGAAGAAAUACUACGAGUGCCUGGCCCAGCUUUCACUCAACGGGAACUCCAAACCCGUCGCCGCGGUCUGUCCGAAGGCUGCAACGCCGCAAAAGGCGCCCACUCAGGCCAAGCAGGAAAAGUCCCCUCCGGUUGCAGUCGCUCCCCAGCCGGAACCUGCCGCUGCCACCGCUGACCAAGCCAAGGUAAAGAAGGACAAAAAGCGAAACAAGAAAAACAAAAAGGACGCUUCCCAUUCGCCUGACUCGAGCGUUGCCGCUGCUGCUGCUACCCCGGUGGCGACACCUCCGGAGGAACCGGCCUCCGCCACCGCAAUCACCACUGCGGCCGGGGAACAAAACAAGAAGAAGGCCAAAAAGAACAAGAAGAACAACGCGAAGGCUGGCUCGCCGGAAGUGGUGGCCGCCGCCGCCGCCGGUUCCAUCCCAUCCCAAGCGACUAACACCAAGCAGUUACUAACCGACAGCAACAAGGUCCAGCAGGAGAAUGCCAAGAACCUGAAGGAGAAGGAAAAUCUGGCGCACAAGAUGUGCGACAACAUUACCGAGGAGUUGAGCAAGAUGGGUUCAUUCCCGGCACAGUGCACCCUAGCGUCGGAGAUCUCAAAGGCCAGACAGCACAUUAAGAAUUCCCUUGAGCGAAUGGACGGAAUUGCUGCCCUGGCCGCGAGUCCCGGUGCCGAGCUGUUGGACCGCCUGUCCACGAUCGAGAAGGAGAACGAAAAGAUGCGCACCGUCAUCGAUGGGCUGAACAACCUGGUGAUUGACCUGCACGCCCGCAUCAAGACCCUGGAAGCGGGUGGCGCCAAACCAGCCCCAGCUGCCGCCGCCAAGUCUGCACCUGCCCCAGCGAAGAAGGCCGCCACCGCACCUGCCCCUGCCGCCGACGAUGACGAUGACGACGUGGAUCUGUUCGGCUCGGAAGACGAGGACGAGGACAAGGCCGCUGCCGAGUUGCGCGAGAAGCGUCUGGCCGAGUACGCCGCCAAAAAGUCCAAGAAACCUGCCCUGAUUGCCAAGUCGAACGUCAUCCUGGACAUUAAGCCGUGGGACGACGAAACCGACAUGAAGCAGAUGGAGCUGGAGGUGCGCAAGAUCACCAUGGACGGUCUGCUGCUGGGCGCGUCCAAGCUGGUCCCGCUCGCGUACGGAAUCCACAAGCUGCAGAUGUCCUGCGUCAUCGAGGACGACAAGGUCUCCGUUGACGAGCUGCAGGAAAAGAUCGAACUGAUCGAGGACUACGUCCAGAGCGUGGACAUUGCCGCGUUCAACAAGAUCUAAGUCAGCCAGCCCGAAAGCAAACACAAAACAACAAAAUGCUCGUAUCAACAGUUUCCUUUCAAAUUGAAAGUUUUUUAAUAACCUAACACACUACAACAUCCACACAAAACAAACUUAACAAACAACUACAACAUUGUAAUCUUGAAAGACUAAGCAAAAACAAAAUUCGUACAUGUUCAAAAUGAGACAAACAAAAAAUAUGGAAUUUAUGAACUCA